AUGGCGGAUAGAUAUUCUUUCUCCUUGACAACCUUCUCCCCCAGUGGGAAGCUGGUCCAAAUAGAAUAUGCGUUAAAUGCCGUCAAUCAAGGUGUUACUGCAUUAGGAAUUAAAGCUACCAAUGGUAUUGUCCUCGCCACGGAAAAGAAAUCCUCAUCUACCCUCAUCGACCCACCCUCCCUCUCAAAAGUGUCCCUCAUCACACCAAACAUUGGCAUGGUCUACUCCGGCAUGGGACCUGAUUACCGUGUACUCGUCGACAAGGCCCGCAAAGUAUCCCACACUGGCUACAAGCGUAUCUACAAUGAAUACCCACCUACCCGGAUAUUAGUACAAGAUGUUGCGCGGGUCAUGCAAGAAGCUACGCAAUCGGGUGGUGUACGACCAUAUGGUGUCAGUCUGUUGAUUGCAGGUUGGGAUGAUGGAAUUGAGCCAGAAUCGGAGGACGUUGCUGGUGCGGAGGUGCAUCCGGAUGAGAAGAAACCAUCAAGCAAGACUGGCGGGGUUUUGAAGGGUGGACCUAUGUUAUACCAGGUUGACCCAAGUGGUAGUUAUUUCCCAUGGAAGGCGACUGCUAUUGGAAAGAGUGCUACUUCAGCGAAGACUUUCUUGGAGAAGAGAUAUACCGAGGGAUUGGAGCUGGAAGAUGCCGUGCACAUUGCUCUGUUGACGUUGAAGGAGACUAUUGAGGGAGAGAUGAACGGCGAGACAGUAGAGAUCGGUAUCGUGGGACCACCAGCCGAUCACUUAUCGGGCGUCGAAGGGGUUGAGGGUUCCCAAGGCCCACGUUUCAGAAAACUGAGCCCUCAAGAAAUUGAUGAUUACCUUACGAAUCUAUGA